GGGUCUUGGGGACGCAUAUACAUACAGCAAACUUUUCAGACUUUUCCACUUCCACGAGGCCACCAGUCAAAGAGUAUUCAAUGGCAGAUAAAGACUAGGUAGGAAAAAGAGCAAUUGGCGUGACGCACGCCGGAGCUGCCUUCUAUUAUAAUCAAUAUCACCACUUGAUUUUGAUUUUUACUCGAGCGUAGUUUCAGUUUCACGUGUGGACAACGUUGCAGCAACAUCAUUUUCCCCCCGAGGCUACGCACAAUUGCCUCAACUCACAACUGAACCAUCUCGCCCACCCACCAUUCUGUUGGAGCGCAAGCAAACACCCCUAAAUUGACAAUAUAACUGACCCUGGUCGCGCAUAUAUACAGCAUAUAUCCAUACAUUAAGUAUCCACCAUCGAAAGAUAAAUCACCACUUAUCCAGCAAUAGCAAGAUGGACGGCUCCACAACCAAGCUCAACGGCCCGGAUUUAGGCCUAGAGCGCACGCUGAUCAACUUAUCGAUCAAGGUUGGCUUCAUCGAAGCUCAUGGAGUCCAGCACAUUAUCCACACGCUACAACCGCGGGAACGAGUGCUCUUGGACCAAAUCGCGCAGCUAUCGCUCGCCGUCGUUCCUCGGAUCUCACUGAGUUUGAUAAAACAGGAACCUCUUAAGCUGGGCUGCACCGCCCACGUCGACGAACUGCCUAAUGAAUUGCUCGCACAAAUUUUCGAAGAAAGCAAGGAAGCACGGUGGCGAUUCGUCGCGGUCAAUACGCCUCGCCUGUGGACGACUGUGCAUAUCACCCCUCGCCGUUCGCUCUUACUGAGCCAAACAUACAUCGAGAGAUCAGGGUGCCAUCUUGUCGAUAUCAUCCUUGACUAUCGGUACUUCGAGGAGAUACUUGAGCGGGAGCAAAGUAAAGCGAACGAAAAGGCGGAAUCCUUCGUCUGCUGCCGCAGAAGUCGUCACUCCAUAUUGAGCCUUCAAAUAAAGAGAUGCGACGCGAUAGCAGAGCUCGCGUUAUCGCUCACUAUCGACGAAGAAAGCAUGGGUCGUGUGAGGGUGGUCAGACUGGGUGACGGUAUUCCUACCGUAUCGGGAGGAUGUGCAGGUCGUCAGCUCGAAAUGACUGGUUUCAGGUUUCCUUCGAAUGUAUAGUUACGUAGUGUAGUCCAGUGACUACCACGCAUACAUAAUACACUUGUGCGUGUCACUCACUUUUU